AUGAAGUGUAUCAAGACACAUCGAGAAACUCUUUUAACCCCCAUGCCUCUUCCCUGCUUUCCCCUCCCCUCACCUUCUCCCCUCCCCUCACCUCUCUCCCCUGCCCUCACCUUCUCCCCUCACCUUCUCCCCUCCCCUCACCUUCUCCCCUCCCCUCACCUUCUCCCCUCCCCUCACCUUCUCCCCUCCCCUCACCUUCUCCCCUCCCCUCACCUUCUCCCCUCCCCUCACCUUCUCCCCUCCCCUCACCUUCUCCCCUCCCCUCACCUUCUCCCCUCCCCUCACCUUCUCCCCUCCCCUCACCUUCUCCCCUCCCCUCACCUUCUCCCCUCCCCUCACCUUCUCCCCUCCCCUCACCUUCUCCCCUCCCCUCACCUUCUCCCCUCCCCUCACCUUCUCCCCUCCCCUCACCUUCUCCCCUGCCCUCACCUUCUCCCCUCCCCUCACCUUCUCCCCUCCCCUCACCUUCUCCCCUCCCCUCACCUUCUCCCCUCCCCUCACCUUCUCCCCUCCCCUCACCUUCUCCCCCUCCCCUCACCUUCUCCCCUCCCCUCACCUCUCUCUUCUCCUCCCCUCACCUUCUUCUCCCCUCCCCUCACCUUCUCCUCCCCUCCCCUCACCUUCUCCCCUCCCCUCACUUCUCUCUCCCCUCCCCUCACCUCUCCCCUCCCCUCACCUUCUCCCCUCCCCUCACUUCUCCCCCCCCCCCCUCCCCUCCCCUCACCUUCCCUCUCCCCUCCCCUCACCCUUCUCCCCUCCCCUCACCUCUCCCCUCCCCUCACCUUCUCCCCUCCCCUCACCUUCUCCCCUCCCCUCACCUUCUCCCCUCCCCUCACCUUCUCCCCUCCCCUCACCUUCUCCCCUCCCCUCACCUUCUCCCCUCCCCUCACCUUCUCCCCUCCCCUCACCUUCUCCCCUCCCCUCACCUUCUCCCCUCCCCUCACCUUCUCCCCCUCCCCUCACCUUCUCCCCUCCCCUCACCUUCUCCCCUCCCCUCACCUUCUCCCCUCCCCUCACCUUCUCCCCUCCCCUCACCUUCUCCCCUCCCCUCACCUUCUCCCCCUCCCCUCACCUUCUCCUCUCCCCUCCCCUCACCUUCUCCCUCCCCCUCCCCUCACCUUCUCCCCUCCCCUCACCUUCUCCCCUCCCCUCACCUUCUCCCCUCCCCUCACCUUCUCCCCUCCCCUCACCUUCUCCCCUCCCCUCACCUUCUCCCCUCCCCUCACCUUCUCCCCUCCCCUCACCUUCUCCUCUCUCCCCUCCCCUCACCUUCUCCCCUCCCCUCACCUUCUCCCCUCCCCUCACCUUUCUCCCCUCCCUCACCUUCUCCCCCCCCUCCCCUCACCUUCUCCCCUCCCCUCACCUUCUCCCCUCCCCUCACCUUCUCCCCUCCCCUCACCUUCUCCCCUCCCCUCACCUUCUCCCCUCCCCUCACCUUCCUCCCUCCCCUCACCUUCUCCCCUCCCCUCACCUUCUCCCCUCCCCUCACCUUCUCCCCUCCCCUCACCUCUCCCCUCCCCUCACCUUCUCCCCUCCCCUCACCUUCUCCCCUCCCCUCACCUUCUCCCCUCCCCUCACCUUCUCCCCUCCCCUCACCUUCUCCCCUCCCCUCACCUUCUCCCCUCCCCCCCCUCACCUUCUCCCCUCCCCUCACCUUCUCCCCUCCCCUCACCUUCUCCCCUCCCCUCACCUUCUCCCCUCCCCUCACCUUCUCCCCUCCCCUCACCUUCUCUCUCCCUCCCCCCUCCCCCUCCCUCACCUUCUCCCCUCCCCUCACCUUCUCCCCUCCCCUCACCUUCUCCCCUCCCCUCACCUUCUCCCCUCCCCUCACCUUCUCCCCUCCCCUCACCUUCUCCCUCCCCUCCCCUCACCUUCUCCCCUCCCCUCACCUUCUCCCCUCCCCUCACCUUCUCCCCUCCCCUCACACUUCUCCCCUCCCCUCACCUUCUCCCCUCCCCUCACCUUCUCUCCUCCCCUCCCCUCACCUUCUCUCCCCUCCCCUCACCUUCUCCCCUCCCCUCACCUUCUCCCCCUCCCCUCCACCUCCCCUCCCCCACCUUCUCACCUCUCUCCUCUCCCCUCCCCUCACCUUCUCCCCUCCCCUCACCUUCUCCCCUCCCCUCACCUUCUCCCCUCCCCUCACCUUCUCUUCUCCCCUCCCCUCACCUUCUCCCCUCCCCUCACCUUCUCCCCUCCCCCCUCACCUUCUCCCCUCCCCUCACCUUCUCCCCUCCCCUCACCUUCUCCCCUCCCCUCACCUUCUCCCCUCCCCUCCUCACCUUCUCCCCUCCCCUCACCUUCUCCCCUCCCCUCACCUUCUCUUCUCCCCUCCCCUCCCUUCUCCCCUCCCCUCACCUUCUCCCCUCCCCUCACCUUCUCCCCUGCCCUCACCUUCUCCCCUCCCCUCACCUUCUCCCCUCCCCUCACCUUCUCCCCUCCCCUCACCUUCUCCCCUCCCCUCACCUUCUCCCCUCCCCUCACCUUCUCCCCCUCCCCUCACCUUCUCCCCUCCCCUCACCUUCUCCCCUCCCCUCACCUUCUCCCCUCCCCUCACCUUCUCCCCUCCCUCACCUUCUCCCCUCCCCUCACCUUCUCCCCUCCCCUCACCUUCUCCUCCCCUCCCCUCACCUUCUCCCCUCCCCUCACCUUCUCCCCUCCCCUCACCUUCUCCCCUCCCCUCACCUUCUCCCCUCCCCUCACCUUCUCCCCUGCCCUCACCUUCUCCCCUCCCCUCACCUUCUCCCCUCCCCUCACCUUCUCCCCUCCCCUCACCUUCUCCCCUCCCUGAAUACAUUACAGGCUUCACUCACCUUUACCCCACUGCCCUCCUCCUGGCCAGUAGCAGCCUGCCACAUCAGCGACUCUUCAAACGAACCAACCAGCGACCGUUUCAGCAGCGAUUUCCGCUCGCGAAUUCUCUCCCCGCUGCAAGCUGACGUGGCACUUGCUGACGUGGAAUAA